CCUUCUGUGUGUGUGUAUGUGUGUACGUACACGGGAAGAAAUUUAUUAUAACAAUUUAAAUUGGAAAAAACCAUUUAACAUUUAGCCCCUUCAAUACAGCUACUCUCAAACUGUUGAUCAAUUUGAAACUCUGUAAAAGGCAUAUUAGUAAGCUGCAUGUCUUAAUUUCUAAAUGGUUAACUCUUUCUGGUAGGUGAUAUGGAUGAUGUUGCUUCUCUUUCCCCUGGAAAAAGAGGCCAGGACUUAUGCAAGGUUCUGACUUGAUCGCUUUGCUCUGUUGCUGUAACCCACUCCAGUGAAUAAUUCUCCUGCUCAGGGGAAGCCCAGUUUCUCAGCACGAUGCCCCGCAGGGCCUUUGGCUCAGUGUUCCCCAGCUCCCCCUUCACUCUUUCCAGUGUGGCAAUCCCAUGCUGUGCUAUCCCCUGCCUCCUGGGCCUUUGCUCCGCCUGGUGGCAGCUCUCUGUCUCCCCUUGAUUGCCUCCUAGGCAUCCUUGAGAACUCAGCUCGGGCAUUUCCUGUUCUAGGACCAGCUCCCCAAGAUCCCUAUCCAGGGCAUUGCCCUUAAUGUCAUCAUGCAGCUCAUUUUCAGUACAUAGGCAGUGUUUGUUGAGGGAAAGUAGAAAGGAAAAAAAAAAUCAUCUUAAUCAUUGAAAGGGGUUGCCUCAAGCAACCCAAAUUCAGAGGCAGGAAUAGUGCUAUACCGGUCGUGAUAAAAUGGACUUGUACCAAAAAUCCAUUUUGAAGCAGGAAUGAAAGACUAUAAAAAGAAUGGAGCUCAGAAUAGCAAUAAGACAAAAGAGCAAUACCUUAGGUUUAUGCGGCUUUAUAAUUUAUAAAUUAUUGUUAGAAUUAUUCAUCUUUACAGCCCGGCAAGACAGGCACUGGUAUAGUCAUUUUACAGAUAACUUGGGGCUCAGAGAAGUAUCUGCUUGAUCCUAAGGGCCCCAGGUAGAAAGUACAAAGAGAUUUCCCAGCUCCCGAUUUGGUGCGUAGGCCACAAUUUCACAUCUUGCCUAAGAGGAGACAAAUGUAAGAUAUUAAUAAGAAUUCACUUUCGGGGGCGCCUAGGUGGCUCAUUCAUUAAGCGUCUGCCUUCAGCUCGGGUCAUGAUCCCAGGACCCUGGGAUCGAGCCCGGCAUCGGGCUCCCUGCUCUGCGGGAAGCCUGCUUCUCCCUCUCCCACUCCCCCUGCUUGUGCUCCCUCUCUCACUGUGUCUCUCUCUGUCAAAUAAAUAAAUAAAAUCUUAAAAAAAAAAAAAAAGAAUUCACUUUCAAAAUUCUAUAGACUCCCUGCUCUGUUUUAAAAAAAAUAUUUUUCUUAAAUUAUGCUAUGCUAAUUAGCUCUGUCAUUUUCAGACAGUAAUCUGUUAUCGGGUGUUAUUUUCCUCAUUUAGAUGCCACUACUAAAUCCUAAUUUAGACUCAUUCCUUUUAAUAACAUCGACAGAAUGCUAUACCUUCUAUGUGCUCCACCACCAUUCAUAGCUAUAAAAUCUGAGAGUCUAGAAUGUGUUAUAUGUGUUCCAUUAUAUGGAUAGGACCCCUCUCAGAAAAUUCUACUUUAGUUCUUAAUUUUUAAGCAAUACCUUGCAUAUGCACUUGGGAUGCUUACUUUGAUGCCUAUUCUGUGUCCUUUGAUAAACUCCUUUUUUUAAACACCAACUUCACCUAAGGUCCUACUUUUUCAAAUAACCCCUUUGCAGAGAAGGAAUGGUUGUAAAUUGCUUUCUAAAUGUGUUGCCAGCAGUCUCUAAUGAGUAUUUCCUCUCUUUUCUUUGCACCCAGGUGGCUAAUAGCUGUGUCCUAGCCUGGAAGCAUUCAAUUUUACUAAGCGCCUACUAUGUGUCAAACUACCAAGCUAGUUGCCAAGAAUAUGAAGAUAAAAGACCCUCCACACUCUUGGAAAACUGUAACACACACAUGGGGGCGGGGAGAGACACAGUUGAGUCUGUGGGGAUAGAACAAUUACAUUGACAAUCACAAAACUCAAUGGUUCAUGCCAGAAACCUCCCCUGGUGAAGAGAAAGGUGUCACACACAUCCCUGCCCACUCUUGUUUCCUUAGUAAUGCAAAGAUCUAUGACAACUUUCCCUACAGUCACUGAAAGUUGAAAGUUACCAAGAGAUGAAAAUUUGCAAUCGCAAAUCUGACAAUAGGACUUUCUCUUCAACAACUCAUCUUUUCCCUUCUCUCCCCAGAUAUGCAAGACAAUGCUCAGGAAAGCUCACUGCCAGAACUAUAGGAACACACGGAAGUAAGCAUAUUGCUGGAAACACAUCUGGGCUUUCCGCACCCCGUCCCCCAGCCUGCCUGAUGAAGCGCUCGCCCUCCCCCUCCCGCACCUAUCGGCCCCCAGCUGAGCUGCGGAAAGUGACCCGCGUCUCCAUGGCGACGCGUCACAAAGCAGCCACGCGCAGCCCACAGCACCCAGUCCAGCAGGAGCAGAGGGCACCGUCACGGCCUCUUUUGAGCAGAAUGGCACGGACUGGGGCUGAGGCCGCGUGCCCCUCUCAAAACGGCCACAAGAUUCAGCCAAGUGAUACCACCUGGGAUUCCUAUGCCACCACCAUGAGGACUGCAUACACGCCCAAGACUGGAGCUGUGCCUGCUUUAAUUCGCCAAAAAAGUAUCAGAAGACUAGGAUAUACAUAUUCACUUAGUGACCCUAUUCCCAACCAGACACAGUACAAUGAUGAGUAUGUUUGGAAAACAUAUUCGAAAGAAGAUUUGAUCAAAAACGGGACUUCAAGAGGAAUCAGGAGACACAAAUCUCACCCCAGUCAAGACUUCUUUCUCUGGACACUACCUCAAGGUCAACCAGCAGCAUCAAUAAAGAGCUACCUCCCUUGGAAAAUCGCUGCUACAGAGGAAGAGAUUAGGAAGGCGAUAUCAAAUCAGUUUAUUUCCAAUACUAGAAGAGACUUUGUGGACAGAGCAAAAGCUCAGAAGAUUAAGGAAAGUUCUCCCAUGUCUCUGGAAUGGAAAAAGUUACUUCCCCGGCCUGCAGACACUGAAUUUCGACGGAAUUACCAAGUUCCAGCUAAAAUUCCUGAGUUGCAGGAUUUUAGUUUCAAAUAUGGAUGCUACUCAAGCCUACCAGUUGCUUCUCAGGGUCUCGUCCCUGCUGUGCUAUGCAGCCACGUGAGGAAUCAAGAACGCACAAAGAAGCAGACUACAUACCAAAGCGAUUAUGGAAAAACCUAUCUGGAUUUCUUAACGAUUUUAAACUCGUUUACUCCCUCCCAAGUCACAGAGUACCUUCAGAGUGUUUCCUACAAAGACAGACAAAUUCUCGAUCGCUUUAUCCGCUCUCACUGUGACUUUGGCAUGGGACAGAAAAAUAAAGGAAACAGUUCAAAUGAAAAAAAAAAUUGAAAAUCAAUAAAAGCACUGGAUCAUUUUCUCAAUAAUGAAAAAAAAUAAGAUCCAAAUUGUUCCAAAUAAUAUAUUCAUGGCUUUGUGUAAUUUUGUUUUGUUUUAUUUUGUUUUUAAACAAUAAAAUCAUUUAAGGCCAUAAAUCCUCCCCUCCCCCACCAUGUAUCCAAUAGGUUUUGCUAUAAUGUUUUUUUUCCUAUUCUCUGCUGGAUACUUAAUUCGUGGUUUCAAUUUUGAUUUCCUCUUUGACCCAGAAAUUAUGCGGAAGAGGCUUCUUAAUUUUCCAAUAAUUAGAGGAUUUUUAAAAAACUUUUCAUUGUUGACUUUCUGUUCAAAGUUUUUUAAAAAAAUCUUUGUUUUGGGAAAUUUAGCAAGGUUUUCUCUUAUGCCAAGUAUGUGAUUAAUUUGUAUAUUACAUGAAUAUAAGAAGAGAAAAAAUGUAUAGUUUAUUGUAUUUCUCAAAUCCCUUAUAUCUUUGCUAUAAUUGUGAACUUGAACUGUCAAAUUCCGAAAGAAUAAUAUUAAAAACAUCCCACAGUAAAAAUGUGUUCAUCUAUGUUUUCUUG